AUGCCGGUGGCAGAAGCAGCUUUGUUUGGUGGUUUUGCUCAUUCUUUAUGGUCGUACAAUCGGGAGAAUUGGCAGUGGGAUUGGCAAGUUCGCCAAGCCUGUGAGUUUCAGCGGCAGAACAUGGCGGUGAGCCGCUACAGCUUGUUUCGGGAUGAUAUUCGUGACCUUGCAGCCUUGACCGUCAACAAGAUGGACAGCUAUUUGAUUGUCAACACACUGAAGCUGGGCUUCAUUGUCACUAUUUUCCUGAACUAUGAUCGCUCAGAUGGGGUUCAACAUCCUGGAUACAUGGAGCGGCAGGUAACACUGUUGUUUUCCGUGUGCUUUCUUACAUCAUUUCUUUUCUUGCUGAUUUCGAUAUGGUUGUCCAUGCACGCAUCAAUCGUCGCACAAUCCUUCACGACAAAGAUGCUGCUGCAAGCCGCACGGAUUCCUGUAGCCACGGACCAGGAGAUCACAUCGGCAGCACCAGCAGCAAAGGCAUACGAAACAAGUCUUGAUGCUUUGCGGUUGCCCUUGCAAGGCACCGGAGGCACCAGUGGCGCAACGGGUGAUACACUCAACUCGACCUCCCGAGCCUACCGAGCUUCGCCGGUCCCAUGGGCACCCGUCCCUGAGCAACAAGAUCCACCUUCUGGACUUCAAAAUCGAAGUUCGAUCGGAUCGCCGCAGGCAUUGCCCACACUAGACCAGCCGUGUGCUAAUGAGGAGCUUGAUGCGAAUCCACACUUGAAAUUCUACUCAUUGCUAAUGAGAAAUUGGCAGACUUUUGACCUCUACAGCAAGGUGUGCAUGUCCAUUGGGACUAGCACCUUGCUGUCUGGAAUUGCAUACUAUGCAACUUACUUUAGCCGCAGUGGCAGUGAUAAGCUUGCUCCAUUCGCUUCUGGUUGGUUUUGCUUUGGCUUCAUGUCUGUGCUGGCCUGGUGGUCUGUGACAAUUGAUGUUGUCUUGAAGCGGGUGGAGCACGCAUUGUGGGCAGCAGUGGCUUUGUCUGGGCCACUGACUGCUGCAGUGGCCAUUGUUUGCGAAAAGCAAAGCCUGAUGAUCCUAGCUGCGCUUUUGCAAGGCUGUUGGGUUUGGUUCCUUUGCGGCUCUGCCCUCGCACUGCGAAAUGGCUUGCCCAGGCGCUGGCGAGCAUCAUUGUACAUCGACAUUCUCAACCCAUUUGCCCCAAACAGCUGUACAGCUGCAGGAAGGCUCGCGCCCUCCAGCAGUUUGUCAAGAGCACCUCCACCAGCCGCUGCUGCGGCGGCAGAUCAGUUGCUGCAAUGCUUGGACGCCUUGUUGGCGGCAGAUGUUGCCUCCCAGUUGGAGGAAGAGGUUGUGGACCAGAUCCGCUCAUCCAGGAACCGCCUUGUCCAAGCCUUGGUCCACGUCGGAUGGCCCGAAGUGUCCAGAGCAAAGGGCAGCGGAAAGGGGGUGAGUGGAAACGAUCCACUUCGUCGCACCCUGUCAGAGGGAUCCACACCAACAUCCGUGGUGUCCCAUGAUGGAUUUUGGCUGUCGCGAGACGAUUCUCAUCGCAUUUGGGUUAGCUUAGGUGACGCGCAUGCUGUGAGUUUGUUCCUGAGACGGAACAAAGGCUAUGAGACGAGUGUUGGCGAACUCAUGGAAACUUCAGCUGUGCUUUUGCGCGCCAUGAAGCCCAAGCUGUCGUCCUGGACGUCUCGAGAUGCUGGACGUUUGGCCGCCUAUGGUGGGGCACCUGAUGCUGCAGCCAGUUUGAAAGCCUUUGAAGCUCAGUUCCGCACAAAAGGGCAGGCCGCAAAGAGCAGCAUGGGCCAGUCUGCACGGCGCUUUUUCCAGGCCAGCUCCGCGGUUGUGAGCAUCGCAUGGUUGCUGGCUCCAAUUACCAGUGCCAUUAUCAACGCACAGCCUAGUGAAGCGCGGGAGACGCUGGCGAGUCUGAAUCAAACACGUCUUGCGAUACAUUUGGAGAAUGAGGGACAUCGCAACAUUGCAUUUGCAAAUCCACCUAAAGAAUCAAUCAAAUUUCUCAAGCAGCUUUAUAGCUUCAAAAUGCCCCGAUCUUGGUUCUUCACAGCUUUUGCUAGCUGCACGUCCAGCUCAGACCUCUCGGCUGACUUCGGAGUAUCAGAUGGGCUUCGAGCAUUCACCUCACGCUCGCCAGGCAACGCGUUGUGGAAGGGACCGAUCUCCUGUGAUGGAACAGCAGUGGCCGCCAUCGCUCUGUCUUCUACUGGCGAAGUGUUUGCCCAAAGAGAAGACGACUGUUGUCGCAUUUGGCCUCUCUCAAGCACCGGCUGCGCAUCACCAAAGCAGAUGGCGCCCCAAUUUGAGGCGAUCGCAUUGGACACUGUCUCAGGCACACAACAAGGCAUUGCUGUGUGGCGGGGGCGCUUUGUCAUGCUGGAACCAGAUGGGCCCGCCUGGCAGGUAGCUGGAGUUUUGCCAACGCCAAGCCACGAGCCAAGUGCAUGGAGCGCUCUGGCGCUCAACGGGGAUGAUGCUUUGGCCAUAACCGCAGCUGGUGACUUGUUCCACUACAGCUUCUCACGCCGAAGUUGGCUUGGACCAUGGCAGUUACACGACAUCAACCAUGGCGCUACAAGGUCUCACGAUGAUUUCUCAGAGGGCGAUAAAGGUCGAUGGCUAGCUGCUUGUGGUGCUACUAAUGGCACAUGGAUUCUUGGGAAGUUUCAUGGGGCGGCAGCUGAAGUUUGGCAGCUUCCGAGUUUCUCUAAGACUGACGUCAAAGCAAUUGAAGUCGAUGGAGAACAUUUGCACAUUUGA